GCGAAAAACGUGUGCAUGUCGAUGCUUGAGUCGCAAAAUGACGAAUCACCGAUAAUCGAAAAUAAAAAUGGAAAAAAAACAUUCGUCAUUACAAGUGAUUAUUUACCAAUAUCUAUUUUGUGUUGAAAAGAAUGCCUGGUUUUAUUUAUUCUCGUUUAUCAAUCAUCGAAACAGCCACUGGGACUAAAAUCUACAGACAACAAUAAUCCCCUGAUAAACACAAUGCCUAAACGAUCGAGAGAAUCUGACAGUGACGGAAAAUCCCCUCUAAAAAUGAGGAAAAUAAUCGAUUCUACAAGUAAUUCCACCGAUUUCGUUGAUUUGACUUGUGAUUCCGAUGACAGUCUAGACGCCUCACAAUUCUCCUCUGAAUUCCACCAAAAUAAAAAUAAUUCCACAACGAAGAAAAAUGCCUCAGUGACCUUGAAAAAUACCUGUGAGGAUGCAGGAGUUGUGGAUAACAAUAAACUAACCCAUGAGGAACGUCUCGAGAGGCAAGAUCCUUCCUGGAUUGACGAAUUUUUUGCUGAAUCUUCUUCGUCAGAAGAUUUAGCGAAGGAAGAGUCCACAGAGCCGGCGAAGAGGAGUAAUAAUCUUCAGAGUACUGACUCAGGAUUGCAAUCCCUGGAACCCACCCAGCCGUCGAAUACUCAGGAGAAAAAUCAAGGAAGCCAGAGAACUGUUGAUUCAGGUGUGCAGCCCUUGGACGUGAAUAUUAAUGAUGACUUUGAUGAUUUGUUUGACGACGAAUGGGACCUGGCGGGUCAAUUCUUCCUCGACCUCUCCGAUUUCACGAGGUGCAUCAUCACCGAGAUCGAUAAAAAAAGAAUGUGCAUCCACGUGACUGUCUCUGAUCCAAAUCCAGACUCAAAUGCCACAGCAUUAGUGAUUUGCUCUGGUGUUUGGAUGGACCUGCACAUAUCAGUGGGUGAAUCCAUAAUAAUAAAAGCUCAAAAAUCCUUCGACGACUGGACAGUGACGAACGAGUGGGGAUAUUGCGUCACACAGCCUGACAUUCUCGUAUCAGGUACAACAGUGACUUCUAGUCUCUUCUGCAAUCGAAAAUCCAUCCUGGAAGUUCGUUUUCAAAACGUCAACUCUCUGCCAAAUUUGAAACCCGCGGAUGCCGCAAUGACCACUGGACAAAUAGUCCAUGUGAUCAUGCAGACAGCCCUUCGAGACGAGCUGCAUACCCUUGAGGAGAUAAAAGAGCUCGCCAGGAAGGUGACCACACAAAGACAUACCGUGCAGAUGCUAUACGGCUCGGACAUCACAUCAGAGGACUUCAAAGUGAUGAUGGAUUUGUACAUAUCAAAAAUCCAUGAAUUCAUAGAGCGUUACAUCAAUGGAAAGCAGCCAAAAGCUCUCGAUAAGAAUUUCAACGGUCAAAUCGUUGAGAUUCGAGAUAUUGAGGAGAAUAUUUGGCUGCCAACUUUGGGAUUGAAGGGAAAAAUCGACGUGACUGUUGAAGUCAAAGUUCACAAUUCAAAACGAAGAGUCAUGCCACUCGAGAUUAAGACAGGUAGAAGUCUCUUUUCUAAUGAGCACAGGGGCCAGUUGUACCUUUACACGAUGAUGAUGAAGCAGCUGGGAUACGACGUGGAGUCUGGUCUUCUUCUGUACAUAAAGGAUAAUCAGAUGCAGGAGGUGACGAGCUCGAAGAAUGAUCAGAGAGGACUGCUGACCAUGAGAAAUCUUUUAGCUUAUUACCUCUCGAAGCCAACAGCCAGUAUUUCAAACUCUGGGAGCUCCGAUGAAGAGGCGAUCUUGGAGACAAUGGAACUUCCUCAACCCAUCUAUCACAACACCUACUGCAAGGAAUAUUGCGCUCAUAACAGUAUAUGCUGUGUGUAUGCUGAUGCAGAUAAGAAUUUAUCUCUUAGCAAUCACCAUCCUCUUGCAAGACUCAGCAGAAUCGUGAUGGAGGAGUUGACAGAUGAUCACAUUAAUUACGUGGUGAAAUGGUCUGCCAUGUUGGAGAUGGAGGAAGCUCGCAGCCAGGAGGAUCUACCUGGAUAUAAUAUCUGGAGCCUCCCACCGAGGGCCCGGGAGAAGAGAAAAUCAGCCCUCAUGUGCAUGGAGAUUGCUAACGUGACAGCUAAACAGAAUAAUUAUCACCAUGAAUUUAUUAGAAGCGACUCCACCGAGGAUUUUCCUGUCAAGGACUUCCGACAGGUCUUCCACGGAGAAGAGUACAUCACAGUGAGCACAAACAAGCGUUUCAGCAUCGCCUCAGGGUUCAUAAUUUCUGUGAAGAAGACUUCCCUUAUCCUGCGACUAGAACGAAGUUUAACAAAAAGCGAGACUUACACCAUUGACAUUAUUACAAUGCGCAGUCAGUUGUACAAGACCCUGGGAACCCUGGCAACCCUGCUGGCACCAAAUGACAUAACACGUCGUCUGCGAAGGCUGAUAAUCGACAGGGAGCCGGCACGAUUCACCGAGCCCUUGCCAAAGGACUUUGAGACCCCUGGAGCCCGUAAAAUCCUCGGCAGACUUAACAUGUACCAGCAAAAAGCUUUGAUUGCUGUCUUAACAGCCAACGAUUACGUCUUGAUCAAGGGAAUGCCUGGCACAGGAAAGACUGAGACACUGGUGGCUCUCAUUGAGCUCCUCUCUUACCUCGGGAAAUCAGUGAUAAUCACUGCUCACACACACAACGCAGUGGACAAUAUUCUCCUGAAGCUGGACCAGAGGAAGGUGGAUUUUAUGAGACUCGGGAGUGAUCACAGACUCCAUCCAGAUCUCAUUCACAAGUCUGAAUCAGUAUUAACGUCAGACUGUGACACUCCAGAGAAGCUCAGGCUGGUGUACGACAAACAGAAGAUCGUUGGAGUGACCUGUCUUGGUGCUGGUCACAUCGUCUUGGCAAAACGAAUAUUCGAUUACUGUGUCGUCGACGAGUGCACCCAGGUGCUACAGCCAGUACUCCUCAAACCACUUUACAGUGCUCAUAAAUUUGCAUUUGUGGGAGAUCCACAGCAGUUGCCAGCGGUGAUCCAGAGCCUGGAGGCGAGGAAGCUGGGGAUGGCAGAGGACAUCUUCAAUCGUCUAGACACUCCUAACAACACCAGAAGUUUGAGGCUCCAGUACAGGAUGAAUGAAACAAUCAUGGCUCUUGCCAAUGCCUUUACUUACAAGGGUGAAUUAUGUGCUGGAAAUGAAGCUAUUGCUAAUGCCACGUUGAAGUUCAAAAAUCCUGGAAGAGUGGAGAAUUACGAGAUGUGGGUGCAGAGGGCCCUGGAUCCCUCUUUGGAGAAGGCUGUUACUGUUCUCAAUACUGGGGACAUUGUCAAUUUAAUCGCUCACACGAGACUUGAGCGCAAUUCCUUUCUCAGAAUGAGAAUGCAGAAAGAGGACACUGCCAAAAACGCUGUCAAUUGGUACGAGAUUUGUGUUGUUCAGCGUCUGGUGACUGCUCUCAUGAGUGCGGGAAUCAAUUCUGAGGAGAUUGGAGUUAUCGCUCCGUUCAGGGCGCAGAUCAAUCUCCUGAGAACAGUGAUACAGGAGGAUGUGGAGAUCAAUACUGUGGAUCAGUAUCAGGGGAGGGAUAAGAGUGUUAUUGUGUUCUCGUGCACCAAAAGUCAUGGGAAGGCACUCGAGUUCAAGGGCAAGCAUGAAUAUAGGAUCCUCGAGGACCCCAAGAGGCUCAAUGUCGCGAUGACUCGGGCUAAACAUAAGAUUAUUAUUGUUGGUAAUGUUCCUAUGAUGCUGGAGUAUGGAGCCUCCACCAAGGAAUUGUUUAGUAUUCUCGAGAAGGAUGUUGUCGACCUGGUGGAUAAUGUCAAUGACUUCUCCUGGGAUAGCCUCUUCAAGAGAUUGGUGGAACUGAGAAACAUCGAGGGCAGCCAAUAAAACGUGAGGAAUAUUCCCUCGGUGAUUUAUCAGCUGAUAAUUAUUUUCCAUGAAAACAAAGUUUAUUUUUUCUCCUAAAAGAUAUUUUUGCAGAGGAAUUUCAUUUUAGUCUUAGUUGAAUUAUUUGUUUCGAUGAUUUUAUCAAAUUCACGAUCAUUUCUGCGUUCUUGAAAAUGUGAGAUUUUUUUUGCACUGUGAAUAACAUUUUUAGAGCUCCUCUGGAUGUUUUUCUAACGAUUUAAUAAUGAAAAACCAACGAUUAUUUUCUACUUAGAAUUAUUUCAACAAUGGGCAAUUCAAAUAUUGAAUAAAAUGAUUCCAAGAUAUUCAAAAAUAUCUGGAGGGAAUGGCUGUGCGUCUCGGUUUUCAUUUAAUUGUCUAGAUCUUUUGGUAUUUCAUGAGUGUCAUUACACAUUUGAGUUUAGGAUUAUGAGUUAUAUUAUAUAAAUGAUUCUCAGGGAGAAAUCGCUCAAAAAAAUUGUUCAACCAGAAAUAAUAUAAGAUUUUUCAUUUUAAUUAUUUUCAAUUAUAUCUCAUACCUGUAAAUCCAACUUUUCGUACCUUAAUAUGCUUGACAGUAUUCUGGAACAGUUCUUGAAAUAAAUAAAGACUUCAUAGAAAUAGCCUCAGUUAUUUUAUUCUAUGAAAAAUAAAGAAAGAUUAUCGAAGCAACAAGGAUCGAAUAAAUUCUCAUCGAAUGAUUUGAAUGAAGAAAGAUAGGAUUUCCUCUUUGGCAUUUGUUGUUAAAACAUGGAAGAAUAUUUUUUGCAACGAAAGAAAUUCUAGGUAAUUAUUUUUAUAAAACUGUUAUUAAUAUUAAUACAUUUUCCUAUAAUAAUAUCAGAGCCAAUUGAAAAUGCUUCUUCCACAUAUCCAUUUUAAUCAACGACAAAUACGAAUGAUUAUAGAAAUAUUCUACUGAAUAGAUAUUGUCUAAAUCAUAGUAUUUAUACAGUUUUGUUUAUCAUACAUCGAUCAUAAUUCUUAGGUGAUUUUUUAUGAGUUUCCCUUGUAUUAUAAAUAAUUUUAUGUUUUUUUUUUUUUCAUCGACGAUAAACCAAUACUGUACACGUGUGGGAAAGGGAUAUAUCUCUGCCUGGUUUUUCUUUUCAGUGAGCCAAUUACUUCUCUCUGGAUUCUCAUGAAUCAGAUAUUUUUUCGUUCUGACUGUAGGCAUCCGUGGUGAGUAAACGGCUAAUCAAAAUGGUUAUUCGGAAGAAGAUGGCUCUCGUC